AAAGAUGGAGGGUACACAAAAGAGGUGGUGUCUCCUGGGGAUAAGAACAAGCCAGCACAAUGAGACCAUGCGCACAGUGAACUGGCACACCAACUUGAGGCGUCACCCUUUCCAUAUCAAAAACAAAAUCAGAGACUGAAACAAGAUCCAGGCUCCAACAAAAUGGACAAUUUCCAAGUAUUUGAAAAGCUUCAAACAGCUGUGGUAAGGAAGAAAAGUUUCACAGUCCAGGGUGAGGCAAAUGCAUGAAAACAACCUCUUCUGUAACAAAACGGAACGGAUUCUUUUGCAAAGCUAGUAGGAGCAAUACUGGUCAGGGAUCCAGGACUAGCUCCUUAUGUGAAAUUAUGUUUGAAGAAAACCCGACUUCAAGAUAUUUAACCAGGUCUACCUGCCCAGAAGAGUCCCAAGAAACUAAUACAGCCACUUCCAAUGUUUUGGGGCUACAGGAAAACUUGGGACAUGGCCCAGGAGACAAGAGCAGUGAAGGAUCUCCUACUGCCAAUGACUUCUCAGCAAAUUCAACUUCAGUGCAGCACCAUCUUGUCAGCCUAAAGAAGCAGAUGUCCAGGCAGAAGGCAGAGUAUGAAGCUAAAAUUACAAGCCUGGAGCAGCGGAACAAAGAGCUGCAGUCAGAGAUUAAGGAUCUGCAUUCAAAACUGUGUCAGCAACGAAAGUGGUACAGUCUGGUGGAGAUUAAAAUGCGAAAUGCAGAGAGGGCACGGGAAGAUGCAGAAAGAAGAAAUGAAAUGCUCCAGAAGGAAAUGGAAGAGUUUUUUGAUACUUUUGGGGAAUUAACAAAUGAUGUGAAGAAGACAGAGCGAAAAUUGUUCGAAGUUUUUAAAUCAAUUAACUAGAUCAGUUUGCAAAAGAGUUGAUAUUCGAUUAAAUAGUUACUGUCAUUUCAAUGCAAAAAUUAGAUUCCUAACCACAAAAUAAGCUUAGUACUACAAACUAAACUUUGUUAAACUUUUAAUACAAUAGGGAAUAAAAUUGCAGUAUUUAAUAAACCAAGUCAGCAAUGCCUACUAUUCAUUUUCAACAAUGUAAAUCACAUUUUGGAAGUUAUGUGUUAAACAAUAUCAUUUUUUUGCCUGCUCACAUAAAAAUCUUGUAUUUGUUCAAGACAAUCCAAAAACUGCAAUGAGUUUGACACACUAAUAAAAGUCACCUCAGCACUCAGUGGAAGGGGGGAAAAAAAUCUUUAUUUGAACCUGUGCAAAGCAGAAAUGACUAUAUUUCAGUCUGUCCAUUUCCCCAUCCACAAAGUAACUAACCAAAUAUUACAGUUGUACUUCUAAAUUACCAAUGUAGAUUCUCCAGUCACUACAAUCAACACCAAUUAAUGCGCAACCAAAGUCAAUUCAAAUGCAUGUCACAGGAGAGUUUAAAAGUCUGUAUUUUCCUGAAGCAAAACCAGAACAAUAAACAUAUUUUAUAUCCUGAACACUGGGAUAACUGAUGGACUGUGUUAUGAUUGGAUACAAUCAAUAAAUUAUGUAAUUAUGGUCACUGUUUGCCAGUUCAUACUAAAAGGCAAGAAGAAUACAAAGUUGAGUGAUAUCUUUUUAUAAAAACUGGGGGACAUAUUUCUAAGUCACAUUUCAGUGGCUACGGCUAGUUGCAUUUUUCACCCUCCUCCUCAGUACGAGCAUGACAAUUGUUUUCUCUGUUCAGAAUGAAAGAAAGUAAAAUUCCAGCUGGUUUCUGCCAAAAAGAUAAUGGAGUAUACAGAAAGAAAAUUCCCCUUUUUGAAUAUCAAUUACCAUUGACAAUAUUUUUAAAGGAAACUUACCAAUAUGAACUAUGUAAAAUAAACCUCUCUGAUUUAAAAAAAAAAAAAAAAAAAUCUUUUUGGUCCCCAGCUAGCCUAUUCGGAAAGAAACUAAGGCUACUUUGAUAUUUUUCAGAUAAUGAGCUCUCAAGUCAUAUAUGCCAUGUUGAGAUGAAAUCAAUGGGAAAGAGAUUUUUGAGGGACAAGUAUUUUAAGACAACAAAAUCACCAGUAGCUCAUUAUGGUCUGUAUUCAACAAAGCACUUAAUUUUAAUCACACUUCAGUGUUUUGCUGAAUAGAAUUGGGAUUAUUCAUGUGUUUAAUUUACAGCAUGUGCUUAACUGCUUUGCUGAAUUGGAACCUACAUUCCCAGUUACAUGCCCACUGUAUGGUGAUGUCUGUAGUUAAG